AUGGGCGCCUCAGAACGGGUAAUGAACACAUCAAGAAAAGCCUUGGCGGUCCUCCUUCCUGGUCUACUUGUCUCUUUAUAUGGGGUCUACGUGGAAAUCAACGCAUCGGCCGAUCCAGACUAUCGGGCUGCUUGCGAUUUUACGGCCUGGAUUUCCUGUACACGGGCGCUAAACUCGGCGUAUUCACGAGGUUUCGGGUUGGUCGAGCAAUAUUUGGGAGCUGAUAAUAUUUUGAACCAGCCAAAUGCGAUUUAUGGUGUAUUUGGGUAUACAUUUCUCGCUUUUCUGCAACUCUCGCCGUCUUUGGCCUCGGCAUAUGUCAGCUUGUUAGCUGCUAUUGUUAUGAAUAUGUCAACUGUCUAUCUAUUUAUAGCGCAACUACAUUUGGGUGUUGUAUGUAUCGUCUGCUACUCCAUCUACGUAGUCAAUUUUGUGUUCCUAAUUAUCACACUCAAACGCCGAAAUGCAAUCUCGACAUUUCACGCCAAGAAAAACAUU